AUGGAGCAGCGAGCGGGGCCACCGGAGCUGAGACCUGCCGGACCCACCACGUACCCACAGCCUAAGGAGGGAACACUGUGGGGGCUUCUUGCCAUCUUCUCACUGCUGGCUGGACUGGCUGCAGGCAACCUGCGAAUGCCGCACGGCAACGAGACGCUGGAGGCAGCCCCCACGCCACGGGGCAUGGCCACCACCAGCCUGGCUGUGGAGGAUAGUGUGGAGGUACCACUCACUGCUGCCUGGAGUCAGAUAUAUGGGGACAACGCAACAACAGGUGGCCCGGGCACUGCGGAUCUGGCAGAGGACCUACUGCUGCGUGCCGAGCGCUCACCGCCGGGCACCGGUAAAGCCAAGAAGGGGGCACGGAAACCAUCACGGGGGACCCGCGGGCGCAACUGCCACAUCCGCAACCUGAUGGUGAAGGUGCGUGACCUGGGCCUGGGCUUCAACUCAGAUGAGAUUGUGCUCUUCAAGUACUGCAGCGGGUCCUGCCACCGGUCACGCAGCAAUUAUGACCUGACGCUGGGCAGCCUGCUGCGACAGCAGCUCAUCACCCCAGGACCCCAGGAGCGAGUCCUCAGCCACCCUUGCUGCCGGCCCACCCGCUACGAGGCCGUCUCCUUCAUGGAUGUGCAGAACACGUGGCAGACAGUGGAGAAGCUCUCAGCAGCCGAGUGCAGCUGCAUUGGCUGA